AUGAUGAGCUCAGCUACCGGUCCAAUCCCUUUCAGCGACAUACUUGAUAAAAUAAGCCCUUACUAUUUUGCUGCCUUGGGUAUCGGGCUCGCUACUUCUGUAUCUAUAUUGGGUAGUGCAUGGGGAAUAUUCACAAUAGCGCCCUCACUUUUGGGCACAGCAUCCAAAGUCCCUCGCAUCAAAUCCAAAAACAUGAUCAGCAUUAUCUGCUGCGAAGCCGUAGCUGUCUAUGGAAUCAUUGUAGCGAUUGUAUUCCAAAGCAAACUAGAGGCAAAUUCUAAAGAAACAUUCAGUGCCGCAGAUUACCAUGCGGGGUUUUCAUUGUUUUGGGGGGGUCUCCAAUGUGGCUUAGUUAACCUAUUCUGCGGUAUCUCUGUAGGCAUCAUCGGCGCUAGCGUAGCCAUGGCAGAUGCCGCCAACGAAUCUCUAUUCGUCAAAGCCCUUAUCGUCGAAAUAUUUGCCUCUCUACUCGGACUCUUCGGCGUCAUCUUAGCUAUCAUCCUAUACUCUCUGGCUCAUUUUUCCUAG